AUGGCAAACCAAACCUACGUUGAUCAGACAUCCGUUCAGCCAGACGGACUGUCAGAACACAUGACUAGCAGGCGCUCUUCCAUGGUCCAGCCUCAUGGCACGGCCUAUCCAGAGCUUGAAAGCCCCCCAUACUCUGUUACAACUUUUGGCCAGCAGCAUCAGAUCAACGAAACACAUCUGUUGACCCCCGUCUCCGGUACCGGCUCGCCUUGUGUCCAGCAAACUGCCAGCCUGCCCCAGUACCCCUCCGCAAUGACAGCGAUGCAGUCACAAGCCAGCCCUUCUGGUCCUUCGAGGGUGCCUUGGCACAACCCUGUCAACAUGAGCGCGACCCAAAGCCAAGUUGGCUCUCCAAUGCCUAUUAACCCACCCACGUCAGAUAGCCAUUUCGAGAUGAGCUACAUUCCAGCAGAAAACGACGAUGUCCCUGAGCCACCUACAGACUACUAUUGGGGCAACUACACGGUUUCCGCACAAUCAGAGCCAGAGCAAGGGUCUCUAUCGCCUCAGAUGCCCCCAGAGUACUACAUGCCUCACAACGGACAGCACGUUAUGCAACCGCAACCGAUCAUGGGCCAGAUGCCCUCAGAGCUCCCCAUGCCGCAGAACGCUGCUCCCGUCCACGCACCAUACUACACCCAGCAAAAUCCCGCUCCCUGGGUAGAACAAGCCGACAUCACCCAUUUCAAGACUACGGCUACCAGGAGGCGCCAGUUCGGAUACUCCCUUCCAAGCACACAGAUUGCUCGUCAAGAGCCCAUUGCGCAAGCAUCUGGACCUUCGAGGCCUAGCCGUCCCCAGUCCGUAGGGCGGGUGGCGAGGCAGCCUCGUAUGAGGGGUCGGACCACCCCACCCUCAAGGGAAUCAACAGAGGCCGUUAACAUUGCUCAGGCACAACUUGAGGAGGUCACUCCAGAUCUUCCCGACGAUUUCGUCAUCAAGGAGGACUGUCCCCAGGAGCAGCGAUUCCUUUUCGAGAGGCAGCGGGAGUUGACAGCAGCGGGCCACAAGGGGCGCGGCAUGUGGGAGCUCAUAUCGGCGGAGUUCAACGCCAAGUUUGACGUGGAUUCCGACAUUCCUCGUCUACAGAUGCUGGUGGCAAGAGGAAGGUACAAGUACCUCAGGAUGUCACCGAGAGAUCAACACCUUGCGGCCAAGGCAUAUGGGUUUGUCUGCCAGCAGUUCCACAAGAUGGCCGCACAUAAAUUCAAGGAGUUCGGCGGUGGUCAGAUUACUCCCUGGGGACAGAGUGCCCUUGAAUGCUUCGCAGUCGACAUGGGCUUGGUGGAAGAGUGCUACGUGCCCAUGCCCAACGAUCCCCAGGUGAAGACGCGUAGAGCAAAGAAGGUCAGCAACCGACUCCGAUCUGGUGCCUACUCCAACGCCAUCCUCCAGGAGGCAGCAAACAACGGCGGCGGAGUUUUGGAGCGGAACCCGGAACUGCGCGACCAAGUCAUGGACGAAAUCUUCGACUACAGGGGCGACGACGCUGAAGGGGAGGAGGAAGAUGAGGCCAUGCUCGACAAGAUCUACCAGACUCGCUCAAAGGGAAGUGGCCGUCAAGGGGGUAUCAAGCUUGAAGGCGGCCAGGGUGUAGACGCCAUAUCAGGCAAGGUCGCCAGCACCAGGAAGACCUCCAGAUCAAGGAGGGCACCGGCGAAGCCCCGGGCCAAAGGACGCCUUGCACCAAAAUCCAAGGCUUCUUGA